GGUUUGUUUAAUUCGUGUGUUUAUUAUAUUUCACAUUCUUUAUACUGUAUUUGGCUAAUAUAGAACGACUUUCUAAUUUGCCAAUAUGUCAAGUAAACAUCUUACUACAGGCGAUCCCCUUCCAGAUUUAGCCAAGGACAAAAUAACGCUAUUUUCCAUGUUGUUUUGUCCAUUUGCUCAGCGAGUAAGACUGAUUUUGGAGUACAAAAAAUUAGAUUACACAGUCGUCAACGUAAAUACUAAAAGUAAACCCGAUUGGUUGGUACAGUUGAACCCUAUGAGCCAGGUUCCAAUACUUCACAUAGAUGGCGCUUUCAUCAGCGGAAGUGUGGAAAUAUGCGAGUUUCUGGAUGAAAAAUAUCCAGAACCGAGUUUGGAUGCUAAUAUCUUGGAUAAUAGUAGCUUGGUGAGCAAUAUAAGUCCGCUUAUUUCACUGUAUUAUAAGGCUGCAUGGAAAAAGGAUGAUAAAUCUUUUGAAGAACAUAUGAAUGGAAUGAAGCCACAACUGGAAGAACUGGAAAAUAAGUUGAAGGAUAGCGAUUUUUUUGGAGGCAACGCACCAAAGUUUGCGGAUUUUAUGAUAUGGCCAUGGUUUGAAAGGGCAGGAGUAUUAUCCAUUACAUACAAUGAAAAACUGCCUUACAAUGAGUUUCCUAUGCUAACCAAAUGGUGUGAGGACAUGAAGAAACAGGAAUGUGUUUCCAAAGUAUUAAUUGAACCCAUUAGACACUACAAAGCCACCCAAUUUCAUUUAGGAGCCCCUCCAUUGUAUGAUGAGAUAUAAAAUAAUAUAUAAUA